GGGUACAACCCGCGACGACGGCGCUAAUAACUUGAGAAUCGGUCGCGGAAUCUGCUAAUACUACCCGUCGUUCCGCUGUAUUGUCCUCCACAGAUACACGACCAGGCAGGUCUUCUGCAGCGUCUGGCUGGACUGCACCAAGGAGCAAUGACCAUAUUUUCUCUACGGACCAGGAGCGGUGCACUGACGCCGUUGAAAUGUGCAGGGGGACGGCGGUCCACGGUGCUAGCCGUAGUCGUGAGCGUCAUUCUUUGCCUGGCCAAUCCAUCGUGGGGACAGGUGGAGGAGGAGAUUAUGAAGAGAGCCACAAGCCAACUAAGCGACAAGUUCCUGGAAAUCCGUAGGGACGUUCUUGGUGUCGACACACUAGCAGCGGAGUACAAGAGAGUGGGCUUCAAUUACUCCCCUCUGGACAUCUCUACAAUGCUGUCCACAGACGUUGCCAUGGGUCGUAUUGACACGGUACUGAACUUGAUGACGAGUGUCACUGCAGCCAAUACCUCCACCACUCCUCUUCCCUCCAACUGCUGCAACGGCGACAGUCGGUCUGCGGUGUGCUGUCACGGCUGUGGCUCUAUCACAGAGGACCCUCUCCUGUCAGCCGUCGCAGACUCUCUCUCGGUGGACCCGACCAUGGCAGACAUCAGGGCAGAGCUGGAGUUUGGACACGUGGACGGGACUCUACUCAGGUUCCCAACUCCUCAGCCGCCCGGCGAUUGUGCUCUGGAGCACUCCCACUUACAACCGUGGUACAUGAGUAUGUUGAGGACGCAGCCACUGGAGAUUGUUCUGGUCAUUGAUCUAAUGGACUUCAGAGAGAGCGACGCCAACAUUGGAGCUCUGCGUAGUGCAGCACUCGCUGUACUGAACUCUCUCACACGGCAGGAUACGGUCCAAGUGGUACUAGUUGGAGCACAAGUCCGGAGGUUUAAAAGCGAUGCCGGAGGGGACAAGGUCCUCCCGGCGUGUGCCUCUUUCCUGGAUCAACUGAGAGAGUUUGUCAGUCUGGCCUCUCCACCCACCAACAGAGUCGCACCUGCUGCCUACACUGACGCCUUCCGGGCGGCUUUCAACUUAUUCCGCACUGACAACGAUACCGAUAAACUCAUCGUCUUCUUCACGUCUAUUACCAACCUGUAUAAGGCGAGUAACGACUUCAGUUCAUUCGACCGAGUCCUGGACAACGUCGCUCAACUCAACCAGGCCAGGGGCAACUCGGUCGUCAUCUCGACCUACUACGCUGACUAUAAUCCUUUCAACAUUGAGUUACUCAAGUCACUUGUGAACCAAACAAUUCCCGGUCUACUGACAAAGCUGGAGUCAGAGUACGACGUAAGGACGUACUACGACUUGUUCAAGAAUGGGAGUGUGCAGGAGGAGCAGCUGUUGUACGUAGGGAGAGACAUCAACAGCCGUGGAGAUCCAUCCUUGAGUCUAAGACUGGCUCUGAUGAAUGGGUCAGAUUUCCUGGGGCUGUACCGAGCCCUCCUGCCCUGGGAACUGCUCUUCUCUCCCAUACAAGGCCGGCUGGGAAGUGGGCGUGGCAACUCUCAUUUCUUUGCGGUGAACGGUGAUGGGAACGUCCUGUACCAUCCUCUGGUGCCCGGAGAUUUCCAGUCAGCGGUCUCAGUCGGCUCACUGGAGAGCCAAGAUCUUCUGAACAGACUUCUGAGGACCUUGCCUAGUACUGAGUUCAGCCUGACGACAACAAAGCAGUCUCUAUCUCCGGUGUCUGUGAGAGGUGAGGACCGGAACUCCUUCAUCUCCCGCGAGGUGAGGGUGACCUACCACUGCCGACCACUCACCGCCAACAUGCUGACACUGUACAUCUGCCUGGGGCUGACUGGUGAGGACCUACCCACUGCCCAGCUCAAGGACAUUAACAUCAAGAGUAUCUACAGUGAUAAUCCAGGUCGCAUGCCUCUCUAUCAUACAUCUGAGAUACCAGACGAAGAAAAAUGCUUUUACUUCUGCUCCACUUCCUCAGAAGAUCAGGUCUCGGUGCAGUUGACUCCUCCCAGCAGACCCCCGGCCGACGUCAAAACUGCCCGAUAUCGUCAAUUUCCUACGUGGCAAUGGGACACUGACAUCUUGGGUCGACCCUGGCGUGGCUAACGAGUUGGGCGUGGCUUCGGUCAUUGGAGACGUGUGGAAAACUGGGCGGAGUAACUUGACUGACUUUGUCAUAAGAAGACAUCUGGCCACACCAUCUGGACUAUAUCUCUCCCACCCUUUCACUCGACUCAACGCAGACUUUGUGGCCCGGGCGACCGAGUGGUUCAUCGUCUCUGCAGCACACCCUCACAACCUCACACUCACCCUCACUCCUCCCCGACCUCACACCCAGUGGGGGGCGGGGCACGUCGUCUCCGUGGGAACAGCCAUCUCGGCUCCGGCCAAAGACGAUGGUGUUGGUGAGGGUGGACUUCUCUCUGUGGUGGCCGCAGACCUGACACUGCCCUCCCUGAGAGCCCUGGUGGAGGAGACUCUUCCUGAGUGCAGUGGGGACAACUACGAUUGUUUCCUGUUGGACGACCAAGGCAACAUUGUCUACCACGACCUCCUACUCACCCCUGGGUACCGGACCCAUCUCCAGGAACCAAUCUUCUUUGUCCAAUCUCAAGCCCCACCUGAGUUCCGUGAUAUGAUUGUCAGCAUCCUGAAUGAAUCGGUGGCUUACAAGUUCCGCUGUAUCGACUAUCUGAACCAGACCGUGAGACAGAGGCUAUUCUUUUCAUUUGAUCUCAGCAAUGAAGAGGUCCAUGCAGUCAGCAAAAACGACAUUCAAUAUGCGAUCCAGAAAAUACCUGGCACUAAUGUCUUCUUCGGAGUACUCAGAAAGACACGAGAGAUCAAACCUAUCUGCUUUUGCACCAAGUCGUGUCAAACCUGUGGAGGUAAUGAAAGCGGUGGUGUGAAUGUCCCUGUCAGUGCCCAGAAGACUGCACUACUCCACACAGUUUCCCGGCCUGUCCAGCCACCUCUCUCGAGAGUGACCAGCUGACCAAUGACAGCUCUGUCCCUGCGUCCUCCGUGAGGUCCAAGAGUGACAUCUACGACUACUGCUUCCCUCUUGACUGCUCCUGCAAGACUCAGGAAAACAACUGUUCGGCGUCGCGGGACUGCCAGUGGUGCUCUCGGCUACGGGUCUGUCGUCACGUCUCGCAGUGCUGCCCCUCUCUCGACAACCAAGACACCUGCUGCAGCCAGAGUCCCUUCACCCAACUACCAGCCUGCAUGAGCAGCGUCUGCACUGCCGAUAUUCAACCACCGAAGCAAGAGUGCGUAGAGGAACUUCAGACUUCAAGACAGGACGUAAGUCUCCUAUUAUACCGCUAAGAGUGUACCUUGCAACUCGUCUUGUUUUUCACGCUUCGUGAGUGGCAAUAUCUCCAGAGUAACGCAGAAUAAAAUUGGAGGGUGAAAUGUUUUGCAAUCCAGAAGCAGGCACAUGGUUUGUUUUGACCUGCUGUACAUACAAGCACAGAGUGGCAAAAACUUGCACGAACUGCAUUUGAAAUUUGACGUGUUUUUUCCCUUGCUUUUCCCAACAAUAAAUCUGCUGUUGUCUUGCCACAUAUUGUAUAGGACGUCACGGCUUCAAUAGUGGGCGGAGUCCUGGGAGCUCUACUGGUGUUGAUCCUCAUUCUAAUUGGAGCCGCCUUCAUCUUGUGGGCCAAGUUUUGCAAGAAGGGUCUCUACGAGGACGAGCAGAAAGAAAACAACUUUGACUUUUCCAACAGCAAACCCAAGGCAAAGAACCCACUCAGCGAAGAGCAGGCAAAGGAGACGACAAUCUUGGAGGAGCGGAGCAGCGGCUCACAAAACAACGUCUCGGAAAAGCCGGCCGCGGGCGAUACAACGCCGGUCUAGUGUUGACAAUAAUAUGGCGUUUGGUCCACCGUAUUACCCUGUAGGGCCUUGUGCGUGUGUAUGUGUGUGUGUGUGUGUAUGGCGUGCUCAGUCAUCAAACGCAUGCCGGUCACAAUUCAUCUGAGUAACAUUAAGUAAUCAUAAUCACAGUAUAGUGUCUUUUUGCUCACUCAUGUGUAUCAUGUGUUUAGGUCGGUUUUGUUAUGAUAAUUUUUGCACUUUCCUUUCUUUCAUCCAUCUUUGCCCCCAAUGUUACCCAUGCCAUUCAGGUGUGUCAACUAUAAUAACAAACCCUUGUUAGCAUCAUAAGAAAUUCUCAUGUACCACAAUCAGUUGAUUUGCUCACUUUUCCCGCUC